AUGGAAGCAAAGGAGCGCGGUUACAAACUGCUGAGGUCAAUCUCAGAGGAUAAUGGCCAGGAGGUGAAAGGACUUCUAACAAGUGGCAACAUCGACUUCCAUGUUGACCAAAGAGGCGACAACGCAAUUCAUUUGGCAGCAAGGAAGGGGAGCCUUGAUUACAUCAAAUUUCUUCACAAGGCUGGCGUAGACUUGCAACAGAAAAAUGUGCACGGCAACACGGCAAUGCACUACGCGGCCAGAGAUGGCUACCUUGACAUAGUGGACUUCCUGAGGACUCAUAAGGCCGACAUGAACCCCCUCAACGAUCUGGAAGGGGAAGCUCCGUUACACAAAGCAGUGCGAGAGCAAACGAUGGAUGUGAUUGAGGCUCUCGUAGAUCUCGGAAUGGACCCGAACAUUAAAAACAAAGACAGAUAA